AUAUAAAAAAAGUUGACUCAACCACGGUUUGCCUGCAUCUAACCAUGGUCGUCAACGUGUCCGAUCUCUUUGAAAGAACUAGGGUUAGGGUUAGGGUUAGGGUUCGAUCCGAUUGCGACCAAUGGAGAUGGAAUGUGUGACUGAGUUUCCUCAUACUCACAUGGAUCGGCGUCCUCGGAAGAGGCCUAGGUUUGCUUGGGAUGCACCUCAACUUCACCCUAAGGCUCAGCCAGGAAUAUAUUGUGGGCAAGAGGUUGGGAAUGUGACAAGCCAUGGAACAUCGAGGGUACUCUCAGACCAGGCUAGUAUAUUUGUAAAGGGAUUGGCUCAAAAAGGCUCUCCCCCAUGGCGAGAUGAUGACAAAGACGGACAUUUCAUGUUUGCACUGGGAGAGAAUUUAACCUCGCGCUAUAAGAUCCACAGAAAAAUUGGUGAAGGUACCUUUGGUCAGGUUUUGGAAUGCUGGGAUAGGGAAACAAAGGAGAUGGUUGCUAUAAAAGUUGUUCGAGGUAUCAAAAAAUAUCGUGAGGCAGCAAUGAUAGAAGUUGAAGUGCUACAGUUGCUUGGAAAAUAUGAUAAAAGUGGCUCUCGUUGCGGUCAAAUACGGAACUGGUUUGACUAUCGUAACCAUAUUUGUAUUGUAUUUGAGAUGCUUGGACCAAGCUUAUACGAUUUUCUUCGGAAAAACAAUUAUCGCUCAUUUCCAGUUGAUCUAGUCCGCGAGAUUGGCAGACAACUGUUGGAAUGUGUAGCAUUCAUGCAUGAUUUGCACCUCAUCCACACUGACUUGAAGCCUGAGAACAUACUUUUUGUUUCUCCAGAAUAUGUAAAAGUAUCAGACUACAAGGUUACCACACGGUCACCAAAAGAUGGAAUAUGUUAUAAGAAGUUGCCAAGAUCAAGUGCUAUUAAGGUGAUUGAUUUUGGUAGCACAGCUUUUGAGUGUCAAGAUCACAGCUAUAUUGUUUCCACUAGGCACUACCGAGCGCCUGAGGUUAUUCUUGGGCUUGGAUGGAGUUAUCCAUGUGACAUGUGGAGCGUUGGUUGUAUAUUGGUGGAACUAUGUUCGGGAGAAGCUUUGUUUCAGACACAUGAGAACUUGGAGCACCUGGCCAUGAUGGAAAGGGUUUUAGGCCCCAUACCUCCUCAUAUGUUGAAAAGAGUGGACCGACAUGCUGAGAAGUAUGUUAGAAAGGGUAGAUUGGACUGGCCUGAAGGUGCAAUCUCUCGGGAAAGCAUCAAAGCUGUCAUGAAACUGCCUCGUCUUCCGGUGUGUACUUAUGGUUUUAUGGCUUUAGCAUUGUUUUGUUUUUUCAAUUCCAUAUUUGAAGGUCCUCAUUGUGAAAAACGAAUGGGUCUAUUUUUUACUCCUGUUUUAGUUUCUCAAAUUUGUUUGCUUCCUUGGCAGAAUCUAGUUAUGCAACAUGUGGAUCAUUCUGCCGGAGAUCUUAUUGACCUUUUGCAAGGUCUUCUUAGGUAUGACCCUUCCAACAGACUCACAGCUCAAGAUGCCCUCAGGCACCCGUUCUUUACCAGGGAUUACCACAGUAGGUUUUAGAGAGAAGAUUGAUUUUUUUUUUGCUGGCAUUUGGAUGCUUGUUUGGAUUGAUUUAUAUGAUAAUGGAUUAUUGAAGAGCAAGUGCUGGCCCAGGUUUUCUGAGUUACUAUUUUUUUCCUGGUUUUGUAUGAGCCUCUGUAAAUCCCCCAUUGUCAGAAGUGUUCUUCUUGAUCAAGUUUUGUACCAUAAAAUUUGAUGUUAUAGCAGCUCUUUCCGUUUGUAUGAA